AUGCAAAUCAUUUCAACGGAGACCGAAAGUCUUCAUGUGUCAAGCUCUACGAUGGCUUCUGCCAGCAUGCCCAUGAAGAAUGGUGGCCGACCAAACGACCCCCCCGCUUCCUCCGAUCUUGAGAGUGACAAGGGCUCCGACGACUCUCAGCCUCUUCAACGGGCAAUUGGGAAGCCAGGGCCGGAUAUCUCCAAGACAAAUUGGAAGUUCUGGUCGUCUCAACAACUGGAAUCGCUGGUCUUAAAAGCCAAAGGUGGCGUGUCGGACGCGGUCUUGGCGUUCAUCAAGAGCACGUAA